UGAGGUAUCAUGUAUAAUAUCAGUCGGCUACACAUAUUAAGUUCUAAUCUAACCUGACCCAAGUUCACCACUCACGACACGUGGAGCGUUGACUGAAGAAUGGAGUUGAAUCCUAGUUAAAUCGUGAGGUUAGACAGUUAAAAUGCAAUAAUGGGAUGCAAGAUGACUGGGAUUAUUACUUGGACGCAAUUGGAGUUGAAGGAACUUCUUGAGGAUGAAGAAUCGCACGUACAUUAUGAGCGGUCCAGAAGACACUUGGGGUUGCAUCCCUUUCAUCUCACUGAUCUAAACUCAGCUCUGCGCGAGAUUUUAUCUGCCACGAUUAAUUCUUAUGACGCAAAAUUGAAUGGAAUUAUUAUAGCCUACAAGAAUCCUAAAUUACUCAGCAGGAUGGGAUCAAUUUUACAUGAUACAUGUUACAUCCACAUUGAUGUGGAAGUAGAUUUUUAUGUCUUUAGACCCAACGUUGGAGAUUCGCUGAAAGGUAUUGUUAAUAAAAAAAGCCAGGACCAUAUAGGAAUUUUGGUGCACAAAGCAUUUAAUGUAUCCAUACUGCGGCCAGAUGGAGAUGAAAAUUGGUUGGGUAACUCAAUUCAGAUAGGGCAAGAAAUUCGAUUUACAAUUACCUACUUAGAUAUCAAAGACAAACUACCAUACAUCAGAGGUUCACUGGACUCACAAGAUUAUCUGCGGGGAUGUAGGCUAUUUACAAGCACUAUUCAAAAGACAGACAACACAGACGUCAAGCCAAAAAAUAAAAAACUUUUCUUUGCGUCGGAUGACGAAGCAGAACAAGACAAAUCUUCAAAGGACACCAGCUUUGAUAACACCAGUGUCCAGGUGGAGGAAAACGACGUCGAUGAUAAAGUUUUGCUCAAGAAGUUGAAAAAACUGAAAAGAGAAAAUAGUGAGGACGAAAGUCAUAUAAAGAAGAAAAAGAAACUCAGAGUCAAAGCUGAAUCACCGCCGUUAGAAGAUGAUAGAAUCCUUACAAAAAAAAAAAAGAAAAAGAAUGUUAAAUCUGAGUUGGUUUGCUCAGAGAACGGAACAGAGAAAGAGGAUGAUAGUAUUUCUGCCGGAGAAACUUUGCCGAUUAAGCUGAAAAAAGUUAAAAAAGAGGUCCUUGACGAAAAUGUCCGGUCAAAACCAAAGAAGAAGAAAAAGACUAAGGAUGAAACAUCGUCUCAAGAAACCGACUUUGAAGUAAGCGAUACCGUUAAACAUCGAAACAUAAAGAACGAGUCAGAUGACGUGCGAAGUUGGAAAAAGCGUAAAAUUAAGGUCGAAGCUUUAUCAUCAGACGCCGAGUCAGAUAUCCACAUAGUCAAGCAACGUAAGCAAAAAAAAGAUGAUUCCAGUGACGAGAGAAGUAUGAUGAAAGCGAAAAUAAAGGCUGAAGUCAUGUCCUCUGAUACCGAAUCUAUUGUAAAUCAAGAAAGGCUAAUUGUGAAUACAAAAAAACAAACCAGUGAUGAAGAGAACAGAAAAAAACGCAAGUUGAAAGUUGAAACUGUAUCACCGAUAAGAUGAUAUAGUCUACCUCCUAGACAAAUGGAAUGCAAAAUGAAGCAUGUAUACUCCAAAGAUGAAUGUCUUUCGAUAUACAUAAAAGCUCAUAAUUCAUGAAGUUUUUCGUCCAGUUUUUCUGAUCCGAAGUUCGUCCAUCGGCUCAGCUCAGGGGUUCAUCUUUCAUGCUCUAUCAAAUUUUGUACAUUAUACGGUGUGAAUCAAAUUUUAUGUGACAGUAGUAUACGUUACAUACUAUGUAAAUGCAAUGGUUUUUUGAAUCAAUAACAUUAAUCAUUCAAAAUCAA